UAAGACCAAGAUAAUUGAUCCAAAAUAUGUUGAUCUUGGUGAUUUUCGUUGUGUUUUUUCUCUUAUCAAUGUUUUAGGCCAAAGUGUCGUUAACAUAAAGGGAACAUGCCGUAGGUCAACAACAUGACAGAUAUGACGAAAUGUCCAGGCGACCCUGACCCACCUCAUGGAACGGAACUCAUCACCACGAAGGAGGUCCCAGACUGCGUGUUGGAGGAGGUAGGCUUGCAGCUAGUGGAGCCGGAGCCUUAUGUGAAGAGGAAGCGAUGGGGAGCGAUGGAUCCUGUGAAGCCUCCAGUGUUCAGGGAUUGCCCUCCAAGCCGCAUAGUGGUCGUGGACACCGGGACAAGCCAGUGUAAGACAUUGGAGCAGUGUAGCUUGGUCCUUCAACAACAUCAGGAACAAACCAUAUACGAGGGAGGACAGAGCGACCUACCUUACAAUUUCAUGGUGGGAGGCGAUGGGAGAGUGUAUGAAGGAAGAGGAUGGAGAGCGAAGAUUGCCUUGCCAGAAACAUUCGCAGAAGAGUACGAAGACGACAUCAGCUUCAUAAUAGGACUUAUUGGAGACUUUUCCUCAUCAGAGCUAGAAAUUUGUCCUCCAGAGAAAAUGGUGAAGGCAAGAAGACAGUUUGUUCUCCUCGGGAAAGACGUUGGUAUCUUCGAUAGGGAAAUCGAAAUUUGGACUGAACUACAGUGGAAAGUUUGA